AUGUGGGGGCUCACCGGCCGGUUGACCGUGACCGGCCAGGAAGCCAUGCCACCUUACGGACCACUCUUGGUCGCGAGUAACCACCUGUCAUUCAAUGACGCCGGGACGCUGGUAGUGGCGUUGCCCCGUGAGAUCAUCUUCCUCGCCAAGAAGGAGUUGUGGCAAAACCCAAUCGGCCGGUUUUACUGCAAUGCAGUGGGAGCGGUGCCGUUGGACCGACAGCGCGGUGGCGGCGGAGCCCUGCGCUACGCGUUGGCCGCGCUUCAGGAGGACAAGGCAGUCCUCAUGUUUCCUGAGGGAGGCAUCAGCCCCACGAGUCAACUGCAAAGAGGGAAGACCGGUUUGGCGUGGCUGGCGUUGAAAACCCAAGCCCCGAUUUUACCGGUGGGCAUAGCGGGCACGGAAAAAUUUGCGUCCUGGCACAUGCCAGUCCCGUUGGCCAGCUGGCAGGUGACCAUCGGCACCCCAUUCACGCCACCACACAUCGAGGGCCGGGUCACCGAUGCGCUGCUGAACUCAGUUACGGAUAUGGUGAUGCAGCGGAUCGCCGCUCUUGUCCCGGAAUCGUAUCGCGGUGUGUACGCCGAUAGUCUGCGACCUCGCGUGGUGAGCCCGCGCGGGACGUCUAGCGCCGAACAGUAA